CUGCACUGCAGCCCCCAUAAUCGCACUAUAAUAUUCGUCUUCAUUUGCUUUAAUAUCGUCCUUUGCAUUCAGUAGUCUCAUUAAAAUAAAAAAAAAAACAUGAAAAUCAUAUUUGCUAUUGUGAGCCUUAUUGGAGUGAUCCUGUUACAUAUGAUUUCUGUUGAAAGUGAUGAUUUCGUUAAAUCUAAAUCUUACGAACAGCUGAAACAGGAGUGGGAAAGUAAAGAUCCAAUCAGUUAUAUUAAAGAUCUUAUGGAACUAUGUGACGGUGAAGAUCCGCGCGAUUACAUACAGAAAUUGCGAGAUCUAGUCGAAUUUGUGGAACCUCAUAUCCGAGAUUUGAAUCCAGAAAUCCGGAAGGCUAUGCUGGCUGAACAAAGACAAAGUGAUAACCCAAUAAAUUGGUAAUACAUAUACUCGUACUUCAAAAUUGAAUUCCACGUUUGUCAGCUGGUGUUUAUCAGAGCUCAGUCAUGCAAAAAAUUUCACCACUAUUAUUAAGACAGAAAAUUAACACUCAGGUACAAUGAAUUGAAACUUUUAUUACGAAUAUAAAAAUACAAAAUCGAAUACGA